GGCCUCCAGCUGGGGCUGGGGCGAGGGAAGUGGAGAGGUGCGGCCCCCCCCACGCCCCUUCGGGGUGGGGGGCGCGGGCUCAGCGUUCCAGGGACCCAGGAAUGCCCCCCCGCCCACCCCCCCGGCAGGCGGGGGGAGGGCUCAGCCGGGAGUUUGGCAAACUCCUCCCCGCGUUGAGUCAUUCGCCUCUGGGAGGUUUAGGAAGCGGCUCCGGGUCGGUGGCCCCAGGACAGGGAAGAGCGGGCGCUAUGGGGAGCCGGACGCCAGGGUCCCCUCUCCACGCCGUGCAGCUGCGCCGGGGCGCCCGGCGCGGCCCCCGGCUGCUGCCGUUGUUGCUGCUGCUGCUGCCGCCGCCGCCCCGGGUCGGGGGCUUCAAUUUGGACGCGGAGGCCCCGGCAGUGCUCUCCGGGCCCCCGGGCUCCUUCUUCGGCUUCUCGGUGGAGUUUUACCGGCCGGGGACGGACGGGGUCAGCGUGCUGGUGGGGGCUCCCAAGGCUAACACCAGCCAGCCGGGAGUGCUGCAGGGCGGUGCCGUCUACCUCUGCCCCUGGGGCACCAGCCCGGCACAGUGCACCCCCAUUGAAUUUGACAGCAAAGGCUCUCGGAUCUUGGAGUCCUCAACGUCCAGCCCAGAGGGAGAGGAGCCUGUGGAGUACAAGUCCCUGCAGUGGUUUGGAGCGACAGUGCGAGCCCAUGGCUCCUCCAUCUUGGCCUGUGCUCCCCUCUACAGCUGGCGCACCGAGAAGGAGCCGCAGAGUGAUCCCGUGGGCACCUGCUACCUCUCCACAGGCAACUUCACCCGGAUUCUGGAGUAUGCACCCUGCCGCUCAGAUUUCAGCCAAGAAGCAGGGCAGGGUUACUGCCAAGGGGGCUUCAGUGCCGAGUUCACCAAGACUGGGCGUGUGGUCCUGGGUGGACCAGGGAGCUAUUUCUGGCAAGGCCAGAUCCUGUCCGCCACCCAGGAGCAGAUUGCAGAAUCCUAUUAUCCCGGGUACCUGAUCAACCCAGUUCGGGGACAGCUGCAGACUCGCCAAGCCAGUUCCAUCUACGAUGACAGCUACCUGGGAUACUCUGUGGCUGUGGGUGAAUUCAGUGGUGAUGAUAGAGAAGACUUCGUUGCUGGUGUGCCCAAAGGGAACCUCACCUACGGCUAUGUCACCAUCCUUAAUGGCUCAGACAUCCGGUCCCUCUACAACUUCUCAGGGGAACAGAUGGCCUCCUACUUUGGCUACGCAGUGGCCGCCACAGACAUCAACGGGGAUGGGCUGGACGACUUGCUGGUAGGGGCGCCCCUGCUCAUGGAGCGGACAGCCGACGGGCGGCCGCAGGAGGUGGGCAGGGUCUACAUCUACCUGCAGCGCCUGGCUGGCAUGGAGCCCAUGCCCACCCUGACCCUCACUGGCCAGGAUGAGUUUGGCCGGUUUGGCAGCUCCCUGACCCCCCUGGGGGACCUAGACCAGGAUGGCUACAAUGAUGUAGCCAUCGGGGCUGCCUUUGGUGGGGAGAACCGGCAGGGAGUGGUGUUUAUAUUCCCUGGGGGCCCAGGGGGUCUGGCGUCUAAGCCUUCCCAGGUUCUGCUGCCCCUGUGGGCAGCUGGCCAGACACCGGACUUCUUUGGCUCUGCCCUUCGAGGAGGCCGAGACCUAGAUGGCAAUGGAUACCCUGAUCUGAUUGUGGGGUCCUUUGGUGUAGACAAGGCUGUGGUAUACAGGGGUCGCCCCAUUGUGUCUGCCAGUGCCUCCCUCACCAUCUUUCCCGCCAUGUUCAACCCAGAAGAGCACAGCUGCAGCUUGGAGGGGAACCCUGUGACUUGCAUCAAUCUCAGCUUCUGCCUCAAUGCUUCUGGAAAACAUGUUCCUGACUCCAUCGGCUUCACGGUGGAGCUCCAGUUGGACUGGCAGAAGCAGAAGGGCGGGGUACGGCGGGCGCUGUUCCUGGCCUCCCGACAGGCCACCCUGACCCAGACCCUGCUCAUCCAGAACGGGGCUCGGGAGGACUGCAGAGAGAUGAAGAUCUACCUCAGGAACGAAUCAGAGUUUCGAGAUAAACUCUCCCCGAUUCACAUCGCCCUCAAUUUCUCCCUGGACCCUCAAGCCCCAGUGGACAGCCACGGCCUCCGGCCAGUCCUACACUACCAGAGCAAGAGCCGCAUAGAGGACAAGGCUCAGAUCUUGCUGGACUGUGGAGAAGACAAUAUCUGUGUGCCAGACCUACAGCUGGAAGUGUUUGGGGAGCAGAACCACGUAUACCUGGGCGACAAGAAUUCUCUGAACCUCACCUUCCACGCCCAGAAUGUGGGUGAGGGUGGAGCCUACGAGGCAGAGCUUCGGGUCACGGCCCCUCCGGAAGCUGAGUACUCGGGACUCGUCAGACACCCAGGGAACUUCUCCAGCCUGAGCUGUGACUACUUUGCUGUGAACCAGAGUCGUCUGCUGGUGUGUGACCUGGGCAACCCCAUGAAGGCCGGGGCCAGUCUCUGGGGUGGCCUUCGGUUCACAGUCCCUCACCUCAGGGACACGAAGAAAACCAUCCAGUUUGACUUCCAGAUCCUCAGCAAGAAUCUCAACAACUCGCAAAGCGACGUGGUUUCCUUCCGGCUCUCAGUGGAGGCUCAGGCCCAGGUCUCUCUUAACGGGGUCUCCAAGCCCGAGGCAGUGCUAUUUCCGGUGAGCGACUGGCGUCCCCAAGACCAGCCGCAGGAGGAGGGUGACGUGGGCCCUGCCGUCCACCAUGUCUAUGAGCUUAUCAACCUGGGCCCCAGCUCCAUUAGCCAGGGCGUGUUGGAGCUCAGCUGUCCCCAUGCUCUGGAUGGCCAGCAGCUCCUCUACGUGACCAGGGUCACAGGACUCAACAACUGCACCACCAGUCACCCCCCCAACCCAGAGGGCCUGGAGUUGGAUCCCGAGGGUUCCCAGCACCACCAGCUGCAAAGACGGGAUGUUCCAGGUCGGAGCCCUGCCUCCUCAGGGCCUCAGAUUCUGAAAUGCCCAGAGGCAGAGUGUUUCAAGCUGCGCUGCGAGCUAGGGCCACUCCACCGGCAAGAGAGCCGAAGUCUGCAACUGCAUUUCCGCGUCUGGGCCAAGACUUUCCUACAGCGGGAGCACCAGCCAUUUAGCCUACAGUGUGAGGCCGUGUAUGAAGCCCUGAAGAUGCCCUAUAAAAUCCUGCCUCGGCAGCUUCCCCAAAAGGAGCUGCAGGUGGCCACGGCUGUGCAGUGGAUCAAGGCAGAAGGCAGCCACGGAGUCCCUCUCUGGAUCAUUAUCUUAGCCAUCCUCAUUGGCCUCCUGCUGCUCGGUCUGCUCAUCUAUAUCCUCUACAAGCUCGGAUUCUUCAAACGCUCCCUCCCGUACGGCACCGCCAUGGAAAAAGCUCAGCUCAAGCCUCCAGCCACCUCCGAUGCCUGAUUCCUCCCAAUCUUGAAGGGCCAGUCCCCCCACCCUCAGUCUACUGACAGGGAGGGGGCUGGGCGCUUCCUGAAGGUGCUGAGGGCCAGGGAGAAGCUCCUCUCCCCAGCCCAGAGACAUACUUGAAGGGCCAGAGCCGGGAGGUGAGGAGCUGGGGAUCCCCUCCCCCCAUGCACUGUGAAGGACCCUCGUUUACACAUGCCCUCCUCAUGGAUGAGGGAACUCAGAUCCAGGGACAGAGGCCCCAGCCUCCCUGCCACCUUUGCAUUUUGGAGAAUUUCCUGAAAACACCUUGGAACCAGAACUAGGGGAUCCAAUCCCAGUUCUCCGGCUCAGAUGUGGCACCAGGACUUCCUGUCCAGCUCCAACCCCGAAGAGAUCUGUCGUCGGCCUUGCCAGAGAUCCACAGGAAGCCCCCAGCCAAGAGCCUGGAACCUGGGGAGCGAGACAUGGCAGCUCUGGACAGCCCCCACCCCGGUGGGCCAACAAAGAACACUAACCAUGGAUGGCACCCCAGGCCCAGCUCAGGACAGAUCCCACACCAGGAUCCACGCUGGCCCAGAAGCAGCUCCAAGGGGAACCAGAACUUUCACAGGGCCAGAUCGAACCUGGGGCCGGGGCCUGAAGUUCACCUGGGACCCAGACUCAGACGUUGGUAACCUAACUAGGCAGAUCCAGGACAUUUGAGCCUGCUCCAGACCUGGGCCUGGAGACCAAAUCCACCUCUGACUCAGGAGAAGUCAGGAAUUGCCCAGGACCCUGAAGGGGCCAUGAUGGUAACAGAUCUGGAACCUUAACCCCGGCUGGACGUAGGCCCUCUCAGUCCUCCGCAGAAAGGGGAGCCUGCUGUCCCGGGCCUGCGGGUUUGGGUUCUGCCCACCAGCUGCACUGACGCUGCCCCUCCUCUCCCUACCCAACCCUCCCCUCACCUCGGCUCCGGACACCCGGGACUUAUUUAAACUCUGUUGCAAGUGCAAUAAACCCGGCCCGGUGCCCCCACUGAUCAGA